CCCAAGAUCACUCACCAAAUCUGCAAUUAAACCCGCAAUUCAAUUUUGUUUCAAAAUCAAAACCCUAAUCUGACAAUGGCAGCAAAGAAGGAGAUGGAAGUGAUGAAAGGAGUGGACCUGAAGAGAUACAUGGGAAGAUGGUAUGAAAUAGCUUCAUUUCCGUCGAGAUUUCAGCCCAGAAAUGGAGUGAAUACGAGAGCAACUUAUAAUUUGAAUGAAGAUGGUACUGUGCACGUCUUGAAUGAGACGUGGUCCGAUGGAAAACGAGGGUUUAUUGAAGGUUCUGCUUAUAAAGCUGAUCCUAACAGCGAUGAAGCUAAACUUAAGGUUAAAUUUUAUGUUCCGCCAUUCUUGCCUAUCUUCCCUGUUGUUGGAGACUACUGGAUUUUGUAUCUCGAUGAUGAUUAUUCCUAUGCUUUGAUUGGUCAGCCUAGCAGAAGUUAUCUUUGGAUACUUUGCAGGAAUACUCAUUUAGAUGAUGAUAUCUAUAAUAAGUUGGUGGAGAAAGCUAAGGAAGAAGGGUAUGAUGUGAGCAAACUUCACAAGACACCACAGAGUGAUCCACCACCCCAAGGAGAAGAGGGUCCUAAGGACACCAAGGGAAUCUGGUGGAUCAAAUCCAUUUUCGGAAAAUAGACGUAAUUUAAUUUGGUCGAGAUCUGGAAAAUGGUGUAAAAUUUGCAUUUGGGAUGCUGUCAGUUUAAAACCUUUUUUUUUAUGAAUUUGAUGUGUGGAAAUGGUGUUGAAGGUGAUGAAGUUAGUGGUGUUAGUUAUAUGUAUAUAUGAAAAAUCUAAUGAAUAGUCUAUAGACCCGUUUUGGGUCUUUGCUUUAUCUUAA